UUCAGUUUGCCCAGGCGUGGCGAGAGGCGGGCGCUGCGGUCAGUCCAGCUUCCCGACCUCCGGCUCGGCUCCGUUCACGACUGGGCGGGGAGGCAGAGGAUGGAAGUGGGUUUAUCGGCCUUUACGUUGUAUCUAGUCAGCGCCACCAGCCCUGUGGCGGCGACAGCGAUGGACCGGGAGCCAGUGAGCCGUGCGGAAGGAGAAGCAGUCGCAGCUUCAGGAGCUGCGGCUGCGGCGGCUUUCAGGGACUCUGCGCAACAGAUGAGUCACGAAAGAGGCUUUGAAAAUGUAGAACUGGGAGUCAUCGGAAAAAAGAAGAAAGUCCCAAGGAGAGUCAUUCAUUUUGUCAGUGGUGAAACAAUGGAAGAAUACAGCACAGACGAAGAUGAAGUUGAUGGCCUGGAAAAGAAAGAUGUUUUGCCUACUGUUGAUCCGACAAAACUUACCUGGGGCCCCUACUUAUGGUUUUACAUGCUUCGAGCUGCCACGUCAACCCUCUCAGUGUGUGACUUUCUCGGAGAGAAGAUUGCGUCUGUUUUGGGCAUCAGCACCCCAAAAUACCAAUAUGCCAUUGAUGAGUAUUACCGGAUGAAGAAGGAGGAGGAGGAGGAGGAAGAAGAAAACAGGAUGUCUGAAGAAGCAGAAAGACAAUACCAAAAGAAGCUGCAGGCUGAUUCCACUGUUCAGACAGAUCAACCAGAAACAGUGGUAUCUAAUUCAUUUGUGAAUCUCAAUUUUGAAAUGGAGGGAGAUUGUGAAGUAAUUGCAGAAAGCAAACAAAAUCCAGUCUCUGUUCCACCAUAGAAUGUGAUGACUCUCAAACUUCAAACCUUAAGGUGGUUUUCAUAUCAGGAACUUUGACAUUAUUCAGUAAUACUUAAUAUAGUUAUUUAUAUUUUAAAUUAUUUCCUGGAAAGGGGAAAAUGUUUCUUUAUCCUUAGGCUCUAUCUAGCAAAAGUCAGAUCUGAAAUUUGGAUAUUUGUACUAUGCUUUUACUGUGUGUCAAAUUAGUGUUUUGGUUUUAAAAUGAUAUUUAUAAAAAAGUAAAGGACAUUUUAGACCCCUAACUGCAAUUAAGAAGAGUUAAAUUAUCAUGAUUGUUUGUUAUUUGUGUUUAUAAAAAAAAUUGGUAACUUGCUGAUUAAGGCUAAUUGGAGCUGAUGUUCCUAAUUUCAAAGGAAAAUGAGGAUUUUUUUCCCCUAGAUCUUUUCACUGUUAUUUCUUCCAUUUAUAUAUCUAACCAUUAAUUUCAUACUAAGGAUGAUUCACUGAGUUUGUAAUAAAAGGGGCAAGAUAAAAGCACUUUGAAUUUUAUUUUCUUGGAUAUAUUUUGUGGAAAGGUGAUUGAAUUUAUAACACCAAAUAUUAAAAUAGGUUUCCUUUUUUUUCAUGUAGGUUAUUUAAUCUUUUCAGUAGUUAUUCAAAUUAAUUAUCUUUGAACAUAAUGUUAAAAAUACUAAGUUAUUGAAUGAAUUUAUUAAUGUAUUUGUUUUCAAGUGGCAGUACCUACUGAUUAUCUACAUGGCAUCCUGGUUAUGUCACUCAUUCAGUCCUCAGUGCCUCCUAUGGGCCAGGUACUUACAGGGAGGAGCCUGGGAUUGGGAGACAGAGGAAGAGUUAACCCACCACGGGCUCACUAUUAAAUAUUGUACGAGGUGCAGUGGUAGCAUAAUGAAGGUAGUUGUCAUUUACCACUUCAAAGUAACAACAAUAAAGUGGACAGUUUGCCUGACCCAGGUGGGCCAUCUGUCUAUCCACUGUGCUAUUAGCCAAACUUAUAAAAAUACAGUAUGAAACUAAUUUUUAAAUAUUCUUAAAUAUGGGUUCAGAAUCUUAUGUAUGAUUUUGAUUUGUAACUAAAUGUAGGAAAGGAAGAGUAUGUAGCAGAGUUCAGAUAUUGCUGCUAUUAAAAGCCUAUUCACAAACUUAAAAAGCCUUUAGAAAUUAAUGAGUAUUGAUAGCCAUCUAAACAGCAUUAAAUUUUCAAUCUCAAAUAUAUCUAUGUAAAAUACAGAGAAACUCACAACACACAUACAGUGGGCCUGUUAUGGACCUCUGUUAUCAAUGAACAUCUAGCCACUAAGUUCAGUUUUUUAACUGAAAUUUGAAGAAUUUAUGGAAGAUAAUUUUUCAUUAGGAAUAUUUGGUUACAUGGAUUCAUAGUGUGGUUCAUGGCAUGUGACAGUAAUCUUAUUAGUCAUGGGUAUAAACUACACAAUUUAGUGUUUCAGGGACUAAUCAUCAGAUUAUGUAAUUAAUGGCACUGUAAAUUAUAGUUUACCAGUAGCUCUAAAGCAUGGUAACCUGAAAACUAGAAACUUUUCUAAUUAUAGCAGAAGGAAGAUAAUGACUUCUAUUAUAUGUUUUAUGUUUCUUGAAUUUUACUUUCUUGUCCAACAAUGGCUAGUUUGUAAUGUUUAUAUGGUUAUACAGUGUGCCUUAAAUUUUUAUAUUUUUAUUUAUGCAAACUAGAACAUUUCCCAUAAAUGCAUUAAAUGGUUUUGUCUUA